AUGAUCUUGCUAGCAUUCCUCACCCUUUUACCAUUGGCUGUCAAUUCACUAGCCCCCUUACUAGUUGCCUCACACAAGCUUGUCCCAGGCUUACAGUCUGAAAUCAAUGAAUCUAACCUCAAGCCCCACAACGUUACGUCAGUGACCAACAUGUUGAAAAAGCUAAUAACUCAAUGUUCAUCGGAUGCGUAUGUUAUUGUCGACCAACCAGGACUUACAUAUGAAGAUCUAACCGACAAAAAGAAAGAAAACUGGCCUUUUUUGGUCAACUACUUGUACAUGUCCUCGACUAUUGUCGGGUUGCCACGAAUCGAACCUGGACUUGACUUGAACUUUAUUGAAGACUAUAUAAUAAACACUUGCGAUGCUGAAACGAUUAACGUUUGGCACGACGAUGACAAUGAGGUUGCAGACUACUUUGAUGUGAGAACCAGAGUCAUUAAGAUAACAUUGAGUUCAAUAACAGGAGAUCGAGGCGCACAUCUACGAGAGCACGACGACUUGAUUAGGAAAAUCUUGCGGAAGCUUCCUUCACCACAUUACACAAUUAUCUUAACAAGCACAGAUCCAGGAAUGUUCCAUCCAACUCCGGGCUUUAUAAUGAGUGAUCGUCCAGAAGCUUUUGAGAUCUUCCACGAUAUUGUGAACAACCCAAAACAUAAUGGAGGGGUGGAGAAGAACGACCGAUUCCACAAGGUCACGCCCAAUUGGAAUCCAGCCAGAAAUACCAAUGACAGAUACCUUACAAAUAGAAAGAAAGACGAGAUCCAUUUAUUUGACUACGAUCUAUGGGUGAAGAACGAAAAAUUAGUCACCACUGUUUUGGUGAUGCUUUUGAGUUUGUUCAUGGUAAAAACACUAUCUGUUAUUCAAACCAUUAAGCAAAGGUUUACCAUGCAGCGAAUACCAAUAAGUAAAAAAACCAAUUGA